UUUCCAUUCGCAUCCACAAGGCUCGCUGCUUAUAAAAACGGAUGGAAAUGCACUUUAUUUGUCACAAUCAUUCGGUUUGUGUCACGGUGUAAAGAUGCCGUCGACUUUUCAUUUCUAAGUGAAAAAAUUAAAAAAAAAAUAAUUAAUUGUGAGAAAAAAAUUGAAACAGAAACUGCGUUGUGAAGUAACUCAAGAAGAAAAAAAACAAUAAUUUAUUACAAAAAAAAUACGCAGUAAAAAAAAAUUCUGUGAAAAAAAAAUCUUCAAUAAAAAAAAAAAUAAAGAAAAAGUCACUCCUUUAAAAAAAAAAUAAAAAUUAAAUUAAAAAAAAUAAAAUAAAUAAAAGGAAUCAAAAAAAGUUCAUUUUUUUACAAUUGGAGAAAUAUUCAAGUGCAGAAUGAAACUGACAAUUUUGCCGUUCGGGAUUUUGCUUGGAUUCACAGUUGCUUCGCCGCAUUCGACGCCGUACUCGCUACAGGCCGCUGUUGACGCUCUACAUCGACGCGAAUCACAACUUAGCAACAAUCGCGAGUCACCAUUCGAAGAUAAUGAAGGAACGAAUCGCCGCGCAUUGAAUCACCUUCUUGCCAACUACUUGGGACGCGAUGAAAUGGAUCCGCGAUACGAUGAACGGGACAUUGGUGAGGAAUAUUUGCCGGAAUUUGAUGAUCGGGAGCAGUUUUUGGACGAUUUGGAGGAAUAUGGGGAUCGAAAGCGAAAACGAUCAAUGUUCCGUGAGAGAGAAGAGCAACAACCAAGCGUUUUUCGUGAACGCGAAUAUGGACAUCCCUCGACCAUGGACGAAGACUUUUUACGGGAAAUGGAUCGCGAACGCAAUCUCGAUCGGGAUCGUAAAUAUCACGCUUUAAUCAAACAACUUUGGGGCAAAUACAAGCACGACGACGAAGAACUCGAACGUCAAUUGCUGCGAAAUGAGUUGGAGCACACGCGUGACAUGCAAGACGACGAAAACUACCCCGAUAUGGAAGAAAUGGACGAUUAUUACAAGAAAAAACGGGCAAUGAAGAAGAAACGAAUGAUGUUCGCGCCAAUGAUCGCUGCCGGGUACUACGGAGGAGCUCCUGGCGGUGCCAUGUCGAAGAAAAAACGCGAUUAUCCGAUGUUGCCAUGGUUGCCCGCGAGUCGAAAGAAGAGAUUUCCCGUUGCAAAACGCUCGCCGCCUGCUGGGGAAUUUCAUGACACGAUGAAUACCGAUGAAAAAGUCACGCACGAGUUGAAGGAAAUCUUCGGAGAUGCUGGAGAAGAAGAGAAAAAGAAGAAAAAACGGGCUGAUGAUUUGUUCGGAAUGGACAAAAAAAGCGAGGAACCGAAAAAAAGCGACGAAUUAGAGGAGGAAAAGAAGAAAAAAGCCGUUAAAAAGAGCGGCGAAGCUGAAAAUGACGAAGAAGAAAAGAAAAAACGCGCCAUGAAGAAGAGCGAAGUAAAAGCCGAGCCCGAAGAAGAUAAGAAAAAGAAGAAAAGCGUCGACUUAGAAGAAGAUAAGAAGAAAAAACGCGCCAAAAAAGACCGUUUUAUCGACGAUGACUUUGAAAAACGCGGCGACAAGAUGAAAAAACGUUCAAUUAAGCGAAAACGCAAUUCCGACUGCAGCGACGACGAGUACUGUGACGAGCCCCAUGAUCACUACCACGACAGCGAAGAAGAUUCGUCCGAAGACGAGAACGACGACGAAGAAGAAGACGACGACACCGAGGAUUCCGACGACGAUCGACGCCGCAAAAAGAAGCGCGACGUGAAAAAACACAAAAGAUCCAACGCCGAGAUUUUUCGCGAAGAUCAAGUAAUCCCGGGAGAUUUAAUGGACAUGAAAAAACGCAGCGACACACCAAAUACCUGGUCCCGAAUCUGGGGAAUGGAUCGCAAGAAGAAAUCCACGGGCAGCUCAAGUCGCGAUUAUCCCCUGAGCUUCUAUAAAAACUACGAGGAAGACCGGCGUCGCAACCUGGAUGUGUCAAAAAUCGAAAAUAUGGACGCCAAGUUGAAAGCAAUUGAGGAUUUAUUGAUUGAUGAGACGAUUAAAUACACGGGAGCGCACGAAGGCAACGUCGAACCGGAAGAUGUGAAGGAAUUAAAAGACCACGUGGUCUCCAGACUUGCCACAGCUUAUAAUUUGGAGAAAAUGCGACAUGCUUUGGACAAAAUUAAGAACAAUAUGGAGCAGGAACAGCACUUGGAGGCGAAUGAAAUCCCGGUUGAUGAGUCAGAUGACGAUAAAAAAGCAAAACGAGUCGCUGUGAAGAAGGAAAAAGUCGAAUUUGAUCACAGCGCACACAAGCCAGAAGACGCCCCGAAAAAGGUCACACACGAAGAACCCGACAACGAAAUGAGCCCCGAUGACGAAGACAAGAAGAAAAAGAAGAAGAAGAAGCGUAAUGGCAUCGAUGAUCUCUUGGAGGAAGGUGAAUUCGAGCAAAAUUUGAGCGAUCAAUGCAUGAUUUUGGACAAUCUCGAGAAGCGGUGCAAAGGUGUCGAUGCUUUGAGUGGCGAUUUGCAUCAGGAUUUGUUGCCUGCUUGCGGUGUUCAUCAAUUGUGUUACCUUUGUGGCUCCACUCAAUCCGAAUGUGACUUCCAAUACUUAGCUGAUGCAGAAGCCAUUUGCGGUCAUCAUCCUGGAUGCCAGUCAGCUGCUCGUUCCGCCUUAAUGAUUCUCCGAGGAUUUCCAAGUCCAACGCUCGGACCACGUGAAUGCGCAAAGAACCCCUGUUUGUACCAAGCACUCAAAGAUAUCGGUGUUUAAACAAUUUUUUUAUCUUUUUAAAUUUUUUUUUCGUUAAUUUUCUUUCAAAAUAUGACAAAAGACGUCAUAUUAGUACAAAAGCACACGAAAACUGACACAAUGAUAAUAAAAAAUCGCUUAUUUUACGAUAGAAAAAAUUCUUCCUAAUAAAAAAAUUUUUAUUUUAAAUCAGUUUUUAAAAAUCUCGUGUGAAAUAACACACAGUACUGAUAACGACUAUUGAUUCAACGUAACCCGUAAAAAAUCCAAGUAAAAUAUUUGGUGACAUAACACAUGGAAAAGUCUGUCUUUAUUAUGUAGUAUUGAUAAAAAAUAUAUAUUUUACUUACUAACAAUAAAUAAAAUGUUGGCAUAGUUGUAACUAAACAAAAAAAUAAAUAAAAAAAUAUUUUAACUGUGGUAAUUAUUACAUUAUAACUGUAACAAUAAACAUUAAAGUUAAAUAAAAAAAAUAUUCAUGUCUAAAAAGAACUUCACAAAAAAAUGAUGAGAGACCCCGCAUCACCUAAAAAAUGUUUAAAAGACAAGAAUUUGCUGUUAAAAAAAUAAAUAAAAAUAUAUUUGUUUAAAAAUAAGAGCAACAGAAAGCUUUUCUUUGAUUUGAAAAAUCAUUAAAACGUUUUAAAAAAUUAUUCUCUGUGUAAAAUUUUCCUUGAAAAAAAUUCUA